GGCCCACAAGGCCAAAAAGGAAGUUACUGUAACACGUACAACACCCGGAAUUCGCUGGUCGUCACCGACCCAACUACUACUCGGGCCCUCAGCAGCUUAACUAGGGCAGAGCGGACGGGAUGCCGUGCUUUCUGCUGGGUAUGGUCGUACGUACUAGCAGCACGGUAG